UCGCUCUCGCCAUUGGGAAUUGUCAGUGCGAUCGAAGUGCUCGGCAUGUGUGCAGUUUAAUUGAUUUUCCCACUGUCUCUGCGGCAAUGCGGGUGGAAAAGUGAGAGAAAAGGAGUGCCGAGUGUCCAAACAGUGUGAGUGGCAGCCAAGAGGCGUCCGUCGGCGAGGGAAUCCGCCCCAGGCGCCCCGGGAGGCGACGGAAAAUUUUCGAAGGGCCAUUGUUUUGCGUUACGAUCAUUUUUUGGCUGACUCUGGGGUGAUUUUGGUCAUCUGGAGCGAUAGGAAAUUGUGGUGACAGGAUUAUGCGGUGAAGAGUGAGUGUUAGUGGCGCCAAGAUGAUGAGAUAUUCAGAGAUUCCGCAUGAUUUCUCGUCCGAUAGUCUUCACUUUGCCGAGCUGACUGAGGAGCAGAUGUACAGGGGCACGCGCGAUGAGUCGCCCCCCAGCGAUCUGUCAUCCCACAGCGGCCCAGCGCUGCCACUGAUCGGCGGAUCGGCGGAGAAGAAUCACUUCCACUCCAGGCAUCAUCACCACACGCUCUCGCGCGAUCCCAGGGCCAAGAAGCUCUCACUUGGCAGCGGGAAUGGCAUUCUGAGCACUUCCGGAGGGCACGAUUACGGCUACAUCAAUCACGGACUCGUCAGCUCGAAGAAGUCCAACAGUUUGCCCACAAAUUCAACAAUGCAGGAUUUGGAGUCGCAAACCGUGAGCGCUCUUCGGCUGUCACCUGAUGAUUUAGCCAGUCAAAUCACACUGCUGGACUUCCCUGUCUUUGCUGCCAUUCAGCCGGAUGAGCUCACGAGUUGUGCGUGGACGAAGAAGAACAAGACCACGGUGACGCCCAAUAUUGUGGCCUUUACCAAGCGCUUCAAUCACACGAGCUUCUGGACGGUGCAGGAGAUUCUCAAUGGGGCCACGCCGAAGGUGAGGGCGGAACUGCUGGGCCACUUCAUUCGCGUGGCGAAGAAACUGCUGGAGCUCAACAAUCUGCAUUCCCUGUUCGCCGUUGUGUCUGCACUGCAGAGUGCCAGCAUCUACCGCUUGGCCAAGACGUGGGCGUGCCUGAGUCGGAAGGAGAAGCAGACGUUCGACCGGCUGGCGGAUAUCUUCAACGACCGCAACAAUUGGGCCAACUUGAGAGAGUACUCGGAGAGUCUGCGAGUGCCCUGCAUCCCCUACAUUGGCCUCUUCCUCACCGAUCUCAUCUACAUCGACCUCGCAUUUCCCCAUCACGGCGGCGGCCUCGAGCCAGAGCAGCGGAAAACACAGAUGAACAACAUCCUGAGAGUGAUCGCCAGCUACCAGGGCAGCGACUACGGUCACAUUCAGCCCCUGAUAAACGUCCAGAAGUACCUGCAGAGUGUGCGAUUCCUCGAGGAGCUCCAGAACAUCUUCGAGGAGGAUCAGUACAAGAAAUCCUUGAAGCUGGAGCCCUCUUCCUCUGUUCCCAGUUCAUCGUCAGCCACGGCGGCCAAGGACGGUUCUGGUGUGGAUUCUGUUGCCAUUGCAUCGCUCAAUCUCUCGCCGGCAAAGUCAGUUUCUGCCACGAGAUCCUCCAGUGCCGCCUCGUCGGCAUCCAAAUUUGUUCCCGGUCACCGAAAGAGCCGCAGUCUUGGGACAAAAUGUCGUAGCACGAGUUUGCCGCGCAAUUUUCAUCAGCAAAUAUGUGCUUGUCCAGCAUUUUCUGUGACCAGAACUCUGCCAAGCAAUCGAUGCAAGUGUCGCAUCUUCAGCAAGACGUGUCAGGUGGGAGUGGCACCCAUGACAAUAUCCUGCUCAGAGUCUCUGGACACUUCGGCUCAGUCCCACCAGUCGCGGCAUUUGCUGGACGAUUCUGUGUUGGAGGAUCGUACACUUCCGGACGCAAUCUCGACAGGAAGUUCAGACGGAGUUUUCGGUGGUUUAGAGUUGGACGGUGAUGCUGGACAGGAGUCGCUGGAGUUUCAGGGAUGCGUUCGGCGGAAAACAGUGCUGAAAGAUGGACGGAAGCCCGCCGUAGCGUCUUGGCAGCGCUAUUGGCUGCAGAUCUGGGCCAACUCGCUGGUUUACUUCCCACCAAAGUCCUUCAAAGGCAAUGAGAGGGGCGACUUCAAGCGAGAGCCCUGCAAAGUGUGUCCUCUGGAUGGCUGGCGGGCUGAGCAAGUGGAUAACAUCCAGCAAGCGAAUACAUUUCAACUCGUGAAUGUGAGCACGAGUACAAUUUACAAAUUUCGCACGAGUUCCCCGAAACUCACGACGAUGUGGCUGGAGUCUCUGGAGAGGAUUGCCCAGCAGAGUGCUGAGAAGCAGCUUCCCGUGAAUCUCAUGUCGUUCGAGUGAAGAAGGGAUUUAUUUUGUAUAUGAAUCUCUCUGUGAAUGAGGAGAGUCUCUCUAAAUGGCUACUACUGGAAGACUGAUGAAUUUUAUCUCGGAUAAUUUUUCCACAGAAGGUGAAUAACUGAAAUCACUAGCAUAUCCAUGACUUUAUUUAAAUGGAAAACAAACCACUAUCAUACUCCCAAUUGCGAGUUUUUUCUUUUAUGUACAUUUCUGGGUUGAUUUAUUGUUACAAUCACGUAGAAAUAAAAUACCAUUAUGAUAUAUAAAA